AUGAUGGGACAGUCACCUUCCAGAAAUGAGUCUAGAAAUAAUGAAUCAUUAAUUGAGGGAGAUACUGAAGAAGGAGAUACUUUUGAUUUUAUCAUUGAAGCAAAUGACUCAGUUACAACACCUCGUUCUUCUGAUAUAGAAGAAAGAUCAGAAUUUGGUUUAGCUACACCAAUACAUAGUUCGUUAGCUUAUAGAUUGAGUAUGAAUAGGAUUCAACGUAAUCUAUUUCAAUUUACUAGGCGAUCACCAUCUUAUAGACCUUCAUUGGAAACAAUUCAACAAUUACCAAAACGUCAUCAAAUUAUAGGGGCAAAUGAGAAACAUUUUGAAUUUUUUGAUGCUGAUAUAGGGUGUCCUGACAAAUUUACAAUUAUUAUGAAAGCUGGUCCUCCAGACAAAAAGGUAAUGGAAGAACAUGCAUGGAAUCCAAAUGAUCGUUCUUUGAAUAUAUUUGUAAAAGAGGAUGAUCCUUUAACAUUGCACAGGAAUCCAGUGGCUCAAAGUACAGAUUGUAUUCGUGGUAAAGUUGGGUAUAAGAAAGGUUUCCAUGUUUGGAAGAUUACUUGGCCAUUAAGACAACGAGGUACACAUGCUGUUAUUGGUGUUGCUACUAAAAAUGCUCGUCUUCAUUCUGUUGGAUAUACUUCAUUAAUAGGAUCAACUAUUGACUCAUAUGGUUGGGAUAUUGUUCGUUUGAAGUGCAGUAAUGAUGCCAGGAAUAAGGUUAAUUGGGAUUAUCCAAAUGACAGUUGGAGUAAGUACAUAAAUGUUGGAGAUUCAUUUUCAGUUCCUGAAUCAAUUUACUGCAUUCUUGAUAUGGAUGAAGGAUAUAUGGCAUUUGCAACAGAUGAAGAAUAUCUAGGAGUGGCAUUUAGGGGACUUAGAGGGAAGGAGCUAUUUCCUAUUGUCAGUGCUGUUUGGGGUCAUUGUGAGAUUACUAUUAAAUACAUGGGUGGCAUUCCACCUGAUGCACCGUCAUUAUUAUCUACAUGUCGAAGGACAAUUCGUAGUCAUCUUGGAAGGAAACAUCUUCACAAAAUACUUGAUCUUAAUUUACCUAAUAGUUGUAUUGAAUAUCUACUAUAUAAAUAA